GGGGUCGUCUCAUCAGAGUUGUCUAACAUGUUCUGUAAUAAUUUUUUGGGGGGCCAAGCAAUUGGUGAUGCUCAAAGUUUUUAUAGAUGAUCUUUUUCUAUUUGUUUGUAUCCAUGAAUAAUACGAGUAGUAUUUUUACUUCUUUCACAUACUUUUUUAGAUGUCAUUCCUCUUUUUAAAUGGAUGCAUACGGAGUAUUGUUUUGUGCAUCCAUCCUUUUGUGUGUUAUUUCGUGCAUCCAUCUCUUUUAUAUUUUAUUCAGCAGCAUGGAUCUUUCUGACGACAUAUUUGGUGCAUCAAUAAACUUGGAAGAUAUCCACUUGAAUGAAGGGUUUAAAGAAGGCUAUGAUACUGGUUUUGCUUCUGGAAAAGACGAUGGACGUGAAGUUGGACUGAAAACAGGAUUCAUAACUGGUGAAGAAUUAGGGUUUUACAGAGGCUGCAUUGACGUGUGGAAGUCUGUGCUCCGAGUUGAACCAACAUGUUUCUCGGUAAGGGUGCAAAAGAACAUCAAAGAGAUGGACGAGUUGGUGUCCAAGUAUCCGAUUCUGGAGCCAGAAAACGAGUCUGUAACGGAUAUGAUGGGGUCAUUAAGGUUGAAGUUUCGGGCUAUUUGUGCAACAAUGAAUGUGAAGUUGGAGUACAAUGGGUAUCCAAAAGCCUCAAACCCGAAUGAGAUUCAGUUUUGAGGUGUACCAGCAUCAGAUCAAGUGAUCAACCAAUUAUUAAACUGGUAUUCGGGGUUGCGUUUUGCGUAGAUAACUGAAGUAAGACGUUUGCUAGAUUCAAAUAAUCUAGCAAAUAGUGUUCGUGGAACCAUAUGACAAAACUAUAAUCUGAGGUUUUUUAAGAAAAUGCAAUUCUGAAGAGCCAGGCUGGGAUUAGCUUUUUGCAUUACCUUGCAAUCGCAAUUCCAAACGUCCUUUUUAGGAAUUCUUUCAUGAAACUUUUUUCUUAGGUAUGUAAUCAACAGUUGAACAUGUGUGUAUUUGUAUUAAAUACUUUUGCUACACAAUCUAUUGCAAUAAUUACAAUUAGAAAA